CAAGCCGAGCACAGCAGCCAGCGCGGCCGGAGUGAGCCGGCUCAUGCUUUAUACGGGGGGUCAUUGUGAUCCUUAUUUUUUAAAACCUUUUUAACCCGGUGAUAACUAGAGGAGAUGAGGGGACUCGUGCCGUUUUACCGGGGCUUGUACACCCUGAGUAACCGUCAAGCCAGACGAAAAGCUGGGACUGUCGGUUCUCGGUGCGGGUUUUGCGGAACUCAGUCUAAUAGCAAGCCACAGCCACAGGCACAGCCACAGCCAAGCUUUGGGCUGUUGUUUGACAUUGAUGGCGUACUUGUCCGGGGAAGGAUGCCAAUCCCUGCAGCAAAAAAGGCGUUUGAGAAGUUGGUUGACUCUCAGGGACAGUUUGUGGUACCACUUGUUUUUGUCACAAAUGCAGGGAAUUGCCUCCGACAAACUAAAGCAGACCAGCUCUCUCACAUCCUGGGUGUACCUAUCACACAAGAUCAAGUCAUCAUGUCCCAUAGUCCCCUGAGGAUGUUCAAGAAGUUCCAUGAUAAGUGUGUGCUGGUGUCAGGACAAGGACCAGUCCUGGAAAUUGCUAAAAAUGUGGGCUUCAAGAAUGUUGUCAGUAUUGAUAUACUGAGGGAAUCGUACCCAUUGCUGGACAUGGUGGAUCACAACAGGAGACCCAAACUGCCGUCCAAUCCUGUUGGCAACCUCCCAAAGGUUGAAGCUGUGGUUCUGUUCGGGGAGCCGAUUCGAUGGGAGACCAACCUGCAGCUAAUAGUUGAUGUCUUGUUGACCAAUGGUAACCUCAGCAGUGUUCACCAAACCCAAAAGAUGCCUCACCUCCCCCUGCUUGCCUGCAACAUGGACCUCAUGUGGAUGGCUGAGGCACAUUCUCCACGGUUUGGCCACGGGACCUUUCUUGUGUGCCUAGAGAACAUCUAUAAGAAGAUAACAGGCAAAGACCUGAAGUACGAGGCGCUCAUGGGAAAACCCAGUGAGCUGACCUACCAUUUUGCAGAAUACCUCAUCAGAAGCCAGGCCAUGCAGCGGCAAUGGAAACUUCCCAUCACUUCCCUUUAUGCCAUAGGGGAUAACCUUAUGACUGACAUCUACGGCGCCAAUCUGUACAACCGCUACCUGGACGAGAGAGUUGCUAGGAAGAACCCCAAAGCCAUUGCCAAGAUGGUGGCUGCCACAGGAUCCACCACUGCAGUGCCCCAGGAGGAGGAGGUCGACAACCUGUGGGAGAGCGAGCUAGCGCUGCCCUCUGCAACUUCCUGUAAGUCUGUCCUCGUCUGCACAGGCGUCUACAACCCCAAAGCAGAGGUGCCGUGUGAUGCGAACCACUGCAUCAAAGAGACUGUGUUUCACGGGCACCGGGACUUCAGAUUUGACCCCGCGCUAGUGGAGCCGGGCCACAUCGUGCAGGAUGUGGCUGAAGCUGUCGACCUGAUCUUUGAGCAGGAGAAGUUUGUGCCUCAGUAGAGUUUUUGAGGUUACAGGUUUUAUGUGAUGAUGGAGGCACCAGUGAAGGAGGUGUGGGGUGUUAAACCGGGUAAUAACAUUUAAUGCAUAAACCUGUGGGAGCCUAACACUGUGGACAUUGUUUAAUCACCUGACAGGGCAUUGACAGAAUAUGGGUCAUCUUCUUAACUUUCAACACUGAGACAAACGUUCGAGAAAAUUAAUCAUGUAACAGUCAACUGCUCUUUUAUAUUGUUUUUGUGAUAGUCUUUACUUUCCUGUCUUUCAUUAAGGAAAAGUGUAAGAUCUGCCUUAUUUGACCCUACUAAGUAUUUUUGUAGAUGAUAGUAAUGUUUUAGAUUAUUACAAAUCCUGAAAUCAUCCUAUAUUUAUUACAAGAUUUUACCAGUGUUUUUAAGAAGCAUAUUCAAAUAACAUUUGACCUUUAUUCUCAAGGUGACUUUUUAUUAUUGCAUUUUUAGUCAUUUGUUUACCUUACCAUUUAUCCUGGAAAAUCUAUGCAUGAAUAUAUGAGUAAUACUUGUACUGUAAAAAAACAACUGAUGUGCAAUAUUGUCCUCUAAUAGUACUGUCUGUCUGCAUUAUGUCUAGUUGUGAGAGCCUUGACCAGUAUUUGCACAAAUCAGAGAUUUUCAUCUUUGUUAAAUGUUCUCAUUAUCUUCCUGCCGUAACCUGUUCAUUAUAAUGAAGUAAAAGCGAACUAAGAAUUUAUUUAGAUAAAAGUUCAAUGCCAAUCAAAAGCUUUUACCGACCCAUGUUUGAUCAUUUGUAGUAAUUCACACAUUGUAAAUACUUUAACUUAAGAAAAUAUAAAGAACAGUUACACAACGGUUGUAAACCAUUUGUGUGU